CCAGUUAAGUUCAAACUGCACAACAUAGAGGACUGAUUUCUCAUAUCAGCAGAACAACGUCAAUGACUUCCUAAACGUUUCAGAAAAAAGGAUUAACAGAAGGCCAACUUUUGAUUUUCAAGUGGGAUUCGUACACACAGGUGUUGCAGUGAACUAGGUUGAAUUUAACUUCACAGUUAUGGAGAAUAAAGAGACAAGUUAUCAUCGUUCUUCGGUCAUCACGCCAAGGGUAACCACCCAGUUCAAUCAGUUCCUGCCUUCCAAAGACAAAACAUCAGGGUAUGUUCCAGCUCCUCUGCGAAAAAAACGUGCUGAACGAAAUGAAGACAACAGACGAAGCUGGGUCCGCCCUGGGACAGAAGAGCAAACGAUGUUCAGGAGUAAAUCAAUGACUGACAUCCCAGUGGAGCAGAAUUCAAGACCAAGGUAUGAGGAGCUGCAGAAUAUGCGUCAAAAAUUGAAGGAGAGUGAAAAUCACUGGCAAGAUGAUCUCACUAAAUGGAAGAAUCGGCGGAAAAGUGUGAAUUGUGACAUUGUGAGGAAGAAGGAGGAAAGGGAGAAGAUUGAGCUGAUCACCACUGGCAGAGGAGUCGAGACAUCCACAACAUAUGAGACGCAGGAGGAAAGAGAGAAGGAACAGAAGAGCCCUUUCAACAAAGGAUUCAGACGCUCAGCCCCUCAGUCAUCAGAGGAAACAAAGCCAAUGUCAAAGGGCAGGACUAUACCAGACUACAAAGAGACAGACAAUGAUGUAUUUGCCAAGGUCACACCAGUCUCCCUCUCUGAUCCAGCCAGAACAACAGAUUUAUCCAGCUCUUCCACACUGGAAUCAGAACCAGCUACCCUGUCCUCUCUGCCCUCUCGAAGCUUAAUCCGAUCACAAACACUGUCCAGCCUACCAAGUAAAAACAGUCCGAAAGCACAAGAUCCCAGCAGUUUCAGCAGUAACAGACCCAAUUCAAGUAUCACAUCUAUUGUUAGCAACCCCAAAAGUGUGGCAGUCAAAAGUGGUUGGGAGGAUCCAGGGUCGAACAACAGUUCUGAUAGCACCAUUUUGCCAGAACAGCCCACUUAUUCUUUUGGGAAAGCAGCAAAAGAUCCCAGUUUAGCCUAUUUCAACAAAACUGCGGUAUCAACCUCUCUUCCCCCAAAUGCUCAAAGAUCCAACAGUACAAGACUAACAUCUGUGGUUACUCCCCGCCCCUAUGGAACUCAGUCUACUGGACUUACUUCCUUACCUAGGAAAUCUACUGAGGUGAAAACACUGGACCAGGACCACUUUGGUAUCAAGCCUUUCACUCGUGUCCCCCAGUUGAACCAACCCAUAGUUCCAAGUGAUGGGAAAUACCAGCAGGAGAUGGAUAGGAGGAUGACACAAGAGGAGUGUAGCUCAUCUCUAGUAGGAGACCAAGAAAGGCCAAGGGCAGAGCAGAGGAAGAGUCCUGCACAACAGUUGAGCUUGAAGAAUACAGAUGAGUUCAUGAAAAUGAGCAUGGAAGAUGAGAGCACUGCAGAGAUGAAGCAUGUGGACGAGAUGGAGAAAUGUUGGCUGGCAAAGGAAGAUGAGGCUACAACACAACAACAACACAUCAUGCUUCAACCGCAGCAGCAGUGGUUAGACAGGGCAAAGUCAGAAUCCAUGCUGGCCAUUGAUGAAGUUGAAAAACCCAAAGCUCAGGUUAAAAAUAGGGGAAUGACUGAAUGGCUUCUUGGAGAGGAAAUGAAGAGAAAGAGGAAUACUGAGGUCCGCAGACAACUGGCUGCUGCAGAGCUGGAGGCUGAAAGGAGAAACAUUGUUAAUGCUAUGAGAUAUAGACAACCAGAGAAAGUGGUGAACAGUGGUGGAGACUCUUGGAAUAAGGAUCCAAAAAGUGAAUUUUCAUCCGGCUCCUUGCAGGACAGCUGGAGGCAGCAACAGGCCAGUAGUGCCAGCAAGGAAGCUGUGGACCAAACUAGGAGGUCAGUCAGUGGCAAGAAAAUCUGUUCAUUCUGUCAGAACCCCCUUGGCAAAGGAGCAGCCAUGAUCAUAGAGUCACUGGCGCUGUGUUAUCAUUUGACUUGUUUCAAGUGCAACAAUUGCCAGUUUGAACUUGGUGGAUCAGAAGCUGGGACUGAGGUCAGAAUAAAGAAUGGACAGCUCUACUGUAGCUCAUGCUAUGUGCAACUAAAAGCUGGUCAUCCCACUGCCAUGUGAUGUUCUUCGCGGAAUGCUGUUUCAGGAGGAACCAGUUCAAGAAAAAAACCCAUAUGAACCCUGGCUUUAACUUUAUUGAUUUUAUAGUUGAUAAUGGUCAUUGGGCCAAAUGGUGGUACAACAACAAUGUGAUGCUUUUGGAUGUUGGAUGUUGAUCAGCUUCAGGAAAUGUAAUACCGUUAUAUUAGCCUUCAAGGGAUUUGUUAUCAUUUUGACUUCCAUCCAACUCAUUCUUAAGCACAUUCAUGCAAUUUGUCUACAAAAAACAAAUUUCAAAUAUUUCCAGUCAGGAGUUCAAUGGUAACUAGAUAGUGUCAGAUAGAUUUCAAUGGGCUGGAUUCUUUUGAUAAUUUGAUUUAUGUUGCCUUACUUUUGCAAUUUAACGUUUUCUGAAUGAGAGUGAGGUGUAUGAAAGUGUUAAAGUUGCUUGUACAUAAUAUAGGAUGGGCGCAUGCACCUGCAGACAUUGUUUCAGUGCAGCACAAUGUCUGCCAGUUGUAUUGCCUGUUGUUAUCACUAACAUUUAUUAUUUCUCUGUUUUGACUUUAAAAAAAUGCAUAACCCUAGAAAUAAGAGGGUCUAUAAUAAUGUUUGCUUUAAUAUGAGAUGAAUAUGAGGGUUAAUUACUGUGUUGUGACUGGUGUGGUCUUCUAAAGCAAGUUGAUCCUCCAUUCACAUUCAGUACAGCAUUAUGAAUUCAACCAAGUGCACUCAUACAUAUCUUUUUGGGUAACACCUUAUAAUAACUACACACAAUUCAUCAUCUAUUUGGCAUUUGUAAACUAUUAGUUAAUGGUUUGUUCAUCAUUAGUAAUUCAUUGUUCAUGCAUAAUUUAUCAUCAAUUAAGCAUUUGUUCACAAAGUUAUGAUUGGUUUGUUCAUAGUGAAUAAGCCUAUUUCUAACAUAUGUAUAAAUUGUUGCUAAUACUAUAUCAUGCAAUAAUAUUUUGUUAAGGAAGUACUAUUAUCAUUAUUUAACAGUUGUUAUUAUGCACUAAUGAUUAGUAAGGAUGUGAAUACAUAUUUUAUAAAUCACUUCCUAAUGCUAUAAUUCAUGAUUAACUCAGGAGUUAGAAGUGGUUAGUUAAUGAUAUUUUGUGGCCUCAUCUAAAGUGAGGACUUUUUAUGCCUUGCUACACAUUUGCAAAUGAGUUGUAAAUGCUACAUUCACAUUUAAUAAUUAAGCUGCCAAUUUUAUCUAGAGUGACAUACACAUGUCAAUUAAACACAAACCACAGAAGCUGGGAAUCAAACCCCCAACUGAACAGGCUACAGAGUGAUAGCCCUGCUCCUUAACCGCUACACUACCUCUGCUAUUAUUCUGAAAUAGAUGAGAUCUACUUUUAGCUGUUUUAAGAGAACUACUUUCCUGUUAUGCAUAUGACUACAUUUGAUGUAGCACUAAGCAGCACAUUGAUACAAUAGUUAGAGAGUGAUAGUAUGCAAGUAAUUGUCUGACGUAUACUGAAGUGAAGUUAACCUAAUAAGGACAUUGUCACUUUACUCUGGUGUUUAUUGAUUGUUUGUUGUGAAGUGAAGAACACAACAUCUGCUCAGUUAAAAACACAUAAAACUAUGCAAGAGUGUCUUCUACUACACACUGUUAAGCAUGUUAUUAAAUGCUGUGGGUUUUUUUUUAAAGCAUAAUUCCUAAAUUAACUCUCAUCUGUAAAUGAUGCAUAUACACAAUUUGUUUUUAGUAAACACGCGCAGUAGUGUAUAGUGGAUAAGGCACUGGGCUAGCAUGCUGUAAGCCCAGGAGUUGGGGGUUCAAUCCCCAGAUGCUACCAUUGUGGCCUUGCUCUUUAAUUUCAUUGAUAGUGUAAGUCUCUUUGGAUGAAAGUGUCUGCUAAAUGAAUAAAUGCUACUGCAACCUUUAUAACUCAUUUGUAAAUGUGUAGCAAGGCAUAUACAGUCCUCACUUUAGAUGAGCUCUCAAAUAUCAUUAACUAACCACUAACCACUCCUGAGUUAAUCAUGAAUUACAGUAUGAGAAUUAACAUACAUAACAAGGAGUAAUACUUUACAAAUGAUUAUCAAAGCAUUUAUUAAACGUUUGUAACUGGUUGAAUGAUUUCAUUUAUAAAUGGUUGUUUCAUUAUUUAUAAGGUAUAAACAAACAUUUGUUCUAUUUACUAUGAACAAACCAUUCAUAGCUAUGUGAACAAAUGCUUUACUGAUGAUGCAUUAUGCAUGAACAAUAAAUUACUAAUGAUGAACAAACCAUAAACUAAUAAGUAACAAAUGCUUAAUAAAUGAUAAAUUGUGUGUAGUUAUUAUAAAGAGUUAUUUGUAUUCUCCUACAGAGGUAAAGGAGUAUGGAAUCAUUUAGCUAGUUGACAACGAAUCAGUUUUCUCUCUAGAGCCUUUAAAACUACUUUGGGAACCAGUGACAUUUAUGAAAUUGACCAUUGUUUUUAUUUCAGAGCCAUUCGAUUUAAUUUUACUUUCAUUUGCACUCUGUCAAACAACAGACAUACUUUGGGAGAUGGGAAAUAGGCUUUAAGCAAUCUUAACCCUAUGAGUUGGAAUAUUGUCAGAUGUAAAGAUCAAAAGAUGUUCGUUGUUCGAUGAAAAUGUGUUCAUCAUU